CCAGCGGUCAGACAGCGACGGCCUGCAGGAUCAGCUCGGCCUCAGCCAGCAGCACAGGGCCUUUGGGGAAGAGAGAAAUAGACCGAGGAGCAGACAGACCAGGCUGUUGGGCCAGGUUGGAGCAAGAAACCUCUUCCUUCUCCAAGGGUUCCAAAAGGAGAGCAGAAAUAGGUCAAGGGCAGCCCAAGCAGCCACUUUCACUCUCCGCCCACAAGGCCCCAGCUUUGGAGAUGAGGAAUUCUGAAGACCCCCCAGCCACCCCAACUGUGCUGCAGCGCCUGCUGCAGGAGCAGCUGCGCUAUGGGAACCCCAAUGAGAACCGCAACCUCCUGGCUUUGCACCAACAAGCCACAGGGAAUGCCCCACCCUUCCCCGGUGGUGGGGGCGGGAGCCCUGGAUCUCAGGGGGAGGGGCUGAACCCCCAAGAUCACCAGCACCCCCAUCAGCAUCAGCACCAACAUCCACACCAGCACCCUCACGUGCACCAGCACCCACACAUGCACCCGCAGCAGCUUGGGGCCCAUGCUGCCCGCCAAGAGCCUCAGGGUCAAGAGAUCCAGGCGGAUAACAAUGUGAUGGAGAAGCAGCUGCCCUCCCGUAGGCAGAACAGCGAAGAUCUGCCCACCUAUGAGGAAGCCAAGGUCCAGUCCCAGUACUUCCGAGGCCAGCAGCAUGCCAGUGUUGGGGCUGCCUUCUACGUCACUGGCGUCACUAACCAGAAGAUGAGAACAGAGGGGCGGCCAGCAGUACAGCGGCUUAACCCUGGGAAGGUGCACCAGGAUGAGGGGCUCAGAGACCUCAAGCAAGGCCACGUCCGCUCCCUGAGUGAGCGCUUGAUGCAGCUGUCACUGGCCACCAGUGGGGUCAAGGCUCAUGCCCCUGUGACGAGCUCUCCACACUCCCCGCCACAGCCUGGUGACCUCUACAAAAACCCUACGAGUUCCAGUGACUAUUACAAGAACCCAGGACCGGCACCAGCCCAGCCCAGCCUGAAGGUCAUGGAGCAUCGGGGCCCUCCUCCUGACUAUCCCUUCAAGGGCAUGCCCAACCCGUCUUUGGUCUGCAAGCCCCAGGAAACCACACACUUCUUCAGUGAACAUCGUCUGAGCCAGCCUGGGAGAAUGGAGGGGCCCAUGAUGAGCUAUGUGCUGAUCUCUCCAUCCCGGAAAAAGCCAAUCCGGGAAAAUCGGCCUCUUAGCAAGAUUUCUUUCCCUGGGAGCCAGGGGAGAGAAUUGGAGGGGUGUGCUCCUAGACUACUCCUGAACCCUGGGUCUGGGGAGAAGGAAGAUGAGCCAUCAUCAGGCCCCCUCCUGAUGAAUCCCAUGGAAACCAAGUAUCUGCCAGCCCAGGAUAUCUCCCUGCAGCCAAGGACCCCUCACCAUCACAGCCCUACAUCUUCUGUGACAUCACUGGGAUCCUUGAACCUGCUACAGUCUCCACCAACAAGCAGGCCAUCACCUGCACAGCAGCACCAGGGAGAGCCCAACUCUCUCCUGCCCAGGCCUCAGCAGCUAUUCCUGCCUAGUCAGGGCCACCAGGGGGAUUCUUACCGCCAGGGCCAGCCCAAUCCAAGCCAGCAGCAGCCAGGAGAAGCCUACUCAGCCAUGCCUCGGGCUCAGCAGCUCCCUUCACCUUACCAGCCCAUGCCAUCAGACCCCUAUGCCAUUGUCUUCAGAGCCCAGCAGAUGGUGGAGGUUCUCUCUGAGGAAAACCGCUCCCUGCGGCAGGAGCUAGACACCUGCUAUGAGAAAGUCACAAAGUUGCAGAAGCUGGAGACAGAAAUCCAGCGUGUUUCGGAGGCCUAUGAAAACCUAGUGAAGACCUCUUCCAAGCGGGAGACCCUGGAGAAGGCCAUGAGAAACAAACUCGAGGGGGAGAUCCGCAGACUCCAUGACUUUAACCGGGACCUUCGAGAGCGAAUGGAGACAGCCAACAAGCAGCUUGCUGAGAAGGAGCAUGAGGGCUCUGAGGACACCCGGAAGACCAUCUCCCAGCUCUUUGCACAAAAUAAAGAGACCCAGCGGGAGAAGGAGAAACUGGAGAUGGAGUUGACAGCCGUGCGCUCUACUAAUGAGGACCAGCGGCGCCAUAUUGAAAUCCGGGACCAGGCCCUGAACAAUGCCCAGGCCAAGGUGGUGAAGCUGGAGGAUGAGCUUAAGAAGAAACAAGUGUAUGUGGAGAAGGUGGAGAAGAUGCAGCAGGCUUUGAUGCAGCUGCAGGCCGCCUGCGAGAAGCGGGAGCAGCUAGAGAACCGCCUCCGGGCCCGGCUGGAAAGAGAGCUGGAGUCUCUGCGCCUGCAGCAGCGUCAAGGCACCUCGCAGGUCACCAGCCUCUCAGAGUAUAGUGCCUCGGCCCUCAUGGAGUUACUUCGGGAGAAGGAAGAACGCAUCCUGGCACUGGAGGCCGACAUGACCAAGUGGGAGCAGAAGUACUUGGAGGAGACAGUGAUGAGGCAGUUUGCAUUGGAGACUGCAGCCACAGUGGCAGCACAGAGGGAUACAACCAGCAGCAGCCACUCUCCUAACACCAGCUAUGACAAGUCCCUGGAAGCACGGAUCCAGAAGGAGGAGGAAGAGAUCCUGCUGGCCAACAGGAGAUGUCUUGAUAUGGAGGGCAGGAUUAAGACCCUCCAUGCCCAGAUCAUUGAAAAGGAUGCCAUGAUUAAAGUUCUCCAGCAGCGCUCCCGGAAGGAGCCCAGCAAGACUGAACAGCUGCCACCCAUGCGUCCAGCAAAGUCCUUGAUGUCCAUUUCUAACACCAGCUCAGGUUUGAUCCCUCACUCCUCCACCCUCAGCAGCACCCCCAUCCUGGAAGAGAAGCGAGAGAACAAGAGCUGGAAGGGGAGUUUAGGUGUCCUCCUGGGCACAGAAUGCCACUCUGAGUCAUCCAUCCCUUCUACCCCAUCUUCCCCACCACUUUCAGCUCACUCCAAAACAGGCAGCCGCGACUGCAGCACCCAGACUGAUCGGGGAGCCGAUCCAGCUAAAACUGCCGCUGCCACUGCCGCCGCCAAUGCCACCGCAGCCACUGUUACUGCCACUACCGCCACUGGGCCUGGCCCUGAGGCAGCAGCUGCAGCCACAGCUGCAGCUCCUGUCCCUCCUACAGCUCCUGCUCUUGUUGCUGCUGCCGCCACCGCCACCACCAGCACCACUGCUGCUGCUCCUGCUGCUGCCGGUGCUGGGGCUGCUGCUGGAGUCACUGCCGGGGCCACUGCCGGGGCCGCCACUGGGGCUGCUGCUCCCUCUUCUCUCCAUCCAGCCACCGGCGCUGGACCAGCUCAUUUACCCACUCCAAACUUGGCCUAUAAUUCAGACAAGACAGAUGGGCCGGUUGUCCGCUCUGGUGCCAUAGAAAGGAAAGUGAGUGUUCGUACUCCAGGACAAGACCAUCCAGACGUGGAAAUCGUGGAAUAUCUCAUCUAAACAGGCCAAUGGAGAGAUAGAGCCAGUCACCAAGACCAUGCUUUAUCUUUUGUUUUGUUUAUUUUUUUCAAAAAGUCAUUUUGUUUGGAAACAGGACAGUCCUUGAGUUUUGAGAAAUAGUCACCCCCGCCCCCCUCACCACCACUCUAGUGAUAAGACCUUAAAAGGCAGAGUAAUUAGAUUGUGCUUUAAAUUAGGUUUGGAUUUUUUUGCUUGUUUGAAUACUGGAACUACUCAUGUCUCGACAGAAAUCACUGUCUUAAAUGCACCAAGUCUGGUUGUCUAUUUCAGCCUUUUAUUACUGUCAUUGACAAAUGUAUUUGUAAUAUGGAGAUUGAGAGGCUUGGAAGCGUGCUUGGUCCAUUGGCCAUCUAGCCAUCAUGCAGAGAAAAUGCUGUUUGGUGGCUUGUGGAGAGGGGACUCUUGUGUAAGAUGGGACUCUGACCACCACUUGUUCCCCCUCCACCAGCCCCCUUGCCUCAGCUUUCCUGUGCUAAAAAAUGGAACCCACUUUGAUUGUUGGACAUCUGGCUACUGGCUUUUUGCAUGCAGAUUUCCAAAAAUUACCUGUCCUCUGGAACAGGUUAGAAAUCAGAAAAUUACUCGAAGAGGGAUUCCCAACUUCUUGUAUCUUCUGCAUGUUGCCUCCAGUGGGCUCUUUCCAAACACCGAAGGAUAUGUCUGGUGGCAGAUAGUCUCCUUUGGAAUGCUAGUCAUGGUCUGGAAACAAGCUAUUUCAUCUCCCAGCUUCCUCAGAUCUGUCUUAAGAGGCCUGUAUGGCCAUUACCCUAGCAGAAAAGGCAUUGAAAACUCAGAGCCCUAAGGUGCAGGGGAAGGGUGGGGGAAGAGGGCUGUGGGAAAUGGGCUGUCCCCACCCACCUCUUCUCAUCACCAAUUAUACCACUGGGGGGGGGGGACCUUAAUAGACUUUUUAGAAAGUAACAGGGAGAUGAAUUUGAGGGUAGGAACCAAAGACAUUCUAGGGAAACAUCUCUAAAUAACUCCUCAGAUAGAAGCAGUGUGGUAGGCUUGAAAGCAGGGGAGCCUGGGUUCAAAUCCCAGCUCCCAGAGUUACUAUCUGUGUGACUGUGAGCAAACUGCUUUUCCUCUCUGAACCUCAGUUUUCUCAUCCGUAAAAGGGAAAGAAUAAUCUUGCAUGACCUACCUCACAGGGUUCUGGUGGGGCAGGUGCUUUGUGAAUCUUAAAGCGUCAUAGAAAUAAGAGUUGUUAGAGGGCCAUCCUGUUCCCUUUGGCAGGUCUCUGCCCUGUGAAUGAAGAGUCCUCGGGGAGGCUCAGCAGGAGCGAUAUCUUCCAUAGUCCUUGUAGUGGGGAGGGGUGGGGAAUGGGCAAAGGGACUUGGCAUUAGGAUCCAGACAGAUAAAAGCAUAGGCAUGCUCUUUAGACCAUAAUCAUUAUAAUGUUCAUACAUACAUUCAUACGUACGAUAAUCUUAGAGCCAGGAGGGACCUUAGACACUAGUUCAUCCUCCUCUUUUUUUAAUAGUGGAGAAUACUGAGGUUCAGAGGAAGAGCAGCGAUGUGCCCAAGGUCAUAUAGAGAGCCCAUGGCAGAGCAGAAACUGGAGCACAGGCCAAAGCUCUUUCCACUGGACCACACUGCUCCAUUGGUUCUUGGGGAUCUUCUGCAAGGAUUCCCCUUUGAAUGAGCCAAGGCUGGAAGGGGAGGUAGAGGGAUGUGGCCCAUCUUAUAGCCACGCGUGGGUUGGCUGGAAUCACCAUGUCUCCCCCACUUCCUAUUUCCCCACCUGCACCCUGAGCCCUCCUUAGUCUGGGUUCCUCUCUGUGUCCAGGUGGGCCUUUCUUCAGAUCCUGGCUCUGUUUUCUUCUGGUGGCUGAGUUCCUAGUGGAACUCUGUUCUUGGUUUACAGCUUUUCAGCAGCCCAGCAGGCUGACCCAGAUGCACAGCAGCCCAUGAUCAUGUGCUCUGCUAACCACCACAGCAUAGCUGCUCUUCUCGCUGUGGUGGCAGUUCAAGGAGAGGCUUCCCAGGAUAGCCACCCAGCUCUCCACGAAAAGUUGUCCUCUUUUCUUUCCUAUAUUUUCUCUGAAGGUCCUAGAAUCACAGAGGGAGUCUGCUGACUUAGACACUGGGCGAUCAUGGAGGGCAUUUCAGAAUUUCAGCGGGGCCUCUGUGACUCCUCCCCACCCCAGUUUGUCACCAGCAGCUAUCUGAAGGAACCUAAAUACUGCUCUUUCAAAAGAUCUUGAAAUGGGUCUCAUUUUCUUCUGAUUUCAGGUGUAUGGGGGAAACCUCAAGUUUCUUGUUAGUGGCCACUUUGGGGCCCUCUCUCUGGUCCCUACCUAUCUAUGCAUUUCUCUGGCACCUUCUGUAGGAGGGAGGCCUUGUUUUACUUACUGGGGGGAAGAGGGAGGAGGGCAAUGUGAAGGCAAUGUUAACCUAUGGAUCUCGCAUCACGAUUGGUCCAAAGUAGCUAAGUACGAAAUGCUUAUCAGUAAUGUUUCUAUCAAGUUGAUUUCGAUCCAAUAGAUGUAUUUUAGGGUUUGGGCUUUCUUUUCUUUCUUUUUCUUUUCUUUUUUUUUAAGAAAAGUGCAUAUUUUGAAUUUGGUAUCGUAUUGAUGAAGGCUUUACUUUUAAUGCUGCUUUUUUGAG